GUGCAUCGAGAGAAUGGGAGAACAAGAUGGAAUCUGGGCAUGGCACCGUAUUAACAUAUUGUUUAAUUGGUUGCCUUUAGCUGCUUUAAUGGAGAAGAAAGUUAUCUGCAUGCAUGGUGGUAUUGGUCAUUCCAUAAAUCAUGUAGAGCAGAUCGAAAACCUUCAACGACCUAUCACAAUGGAAACUGGCGCAAUAGUUCUUAUGGAUCUGCUAUGGUCUGAUCCAACAGAGAACGACAGUGUUGAGGGGUUAAGACCAAAUGCCAAGGGGCCUGGCUUGGUUACUUUUGGGUUGAUAGUAAGGGCACAUGAGUGUGUCAUGGAUGGUUUUGAACGAUUUGCUCAGGGUCAUUUAAUCACUCUUUUCUCUGCAACUAACUAUUGUGGAACAACAAAUAACACGGGGCAAUUUUGGUUUUGGGAUGAGAUCUUGUGGUUGUCCUAA